AUGCACUUUGUGCGCUCCGCCACACAUGCAGCGCCGCAUGGCUGCGGCUGGUACGAGGCGAUCCCAGAACGUCUUAAAGCUACGAUCGACGACUACUUAAGGGAAGUGACACACCACUACGAAGAGGAGAGUCGAGGGGGCGCUCGCAUGAUGGGCUUGAUUGUCCCACAUGCCGGCAUGAGCUACUCUGGCCGCACCGCCUGCGAGGCCUUCGCGGUUUUCCGUGAGUACCUCUAUGCAAAGGGGUCCAAAGGCAGUAAGGUGGAGCGCAUCUUUAUUCUUGGCCCGUCGCAUACGAAAGGCUUUGAGGGGUGUGAGCUCUCCGCCGCCAGCGCGUACGAGACACCCUUUGGACCGCUGAAGGUGGACACCGCUACCGUGGACCGUGUGAUAACUGCUUUGUGCAAAGCAGGGGUUGGGGCGGCCACGGCGUCUCGCCGCACAGACGAGGCAGAGCAUUCGAUCGAGAUGGAGACACCCUACCUCUCCCACAUCCUUCACUACCCACCAGCGGCGACCGGUACGUCGACUCAGCCAGCAGCGGCGCGCGUCUCUAUCGUCCCUAUCAUCGUCGGCUGGACCAACCGGCAGGACGAAAAGGCCAUUUGCGACGUGUUGAAGCCUUACAUGGACGAUGCUCGUAAUUUUUUCAUCUUCAGCUCUGAUUUCUGCCACUGGGGCGAUCGCUUCUCUUACACGUACCAUUACCAGCGUUCCCAGUACCCAAAUAUCGGUGACUCAAUCAUUGCCAUGGACCACGCUGCCAUGGAGUUGCUGGAGCGGCGCGACUUGGAGGGGUGGUAUGGUUACCUGCGGACAACAAAGAAUACGAUUUGCGGACGUGCGCCGAUCAGUAUUGGAAUGCAGUACUGGAUGGACGAAGCAAGCAAGGUGCAGAUCAAGUUUGUGCACUACUCGCAGUCGAACAAGUGCUUGAGCGUGGAGGACUCAUCCGUGAGCUACGCCGCUGCCAUCAUUCUGGCGUAG